GCAGCUCGCCGCCGACGCUGCAACUGCCCACAAGAGCGCAAUCGCAAGCGACGCUGUCUGCAAGCGUCCCAGCCGUGCUCAGAAGAAGAUAAAUUACGCCGAGUGCGAUGACAGCGACAGAGAAUCGACCGACAAGAAAUUCUGGGCAGAGGACGUCGCCGCACCCCGCGUGGUCAUCUCUUGCGAGGACUGCGGCGAGCCCUUUCCCGAGAAGCAGCUACUGGACCACCACCGGCAACGCGAGCACCCGCAAAGGCGUCAAGGGAAGUACCAGUGCACCCACUGCCCUUACUCUAACAAUCACAGUAGCAAUAUGACGAAGCACGAGAGAAUCCACACGGGCGAGCGGCCGUUCGUGUGCAACGUCUGCGACAGGGGCUUCACCGAGCGCAGGAAUCUUAACAGGCACCUCCUGGUCCACACGAGGGAGAAGCCGCACGAGUGCCCAGGCUGCGGCCAGCGCUUUACCCGGGCGUCGGACAUGGCGCGUCACCGGAGGCGGCAGCACUCGGCCGAAAGCACUGGCCGAAAGCACAACGUGUGCCCCGAGUGUGGAAAAGAGUUCGCGAAGAGGGGUCACCUCACCAACCACCUGUUGACCCACACGGGUGAGAAGCCCCACGCCUGCUCUGAGUGCGGAAUGAGGUUCGCACUGCCCGGUCACGCUAGGAAGCACGAGCUGGCAGUGCACGGCCACCAGUACCCGCUGCACUGCGCGCACUGUGGCAAGGGGUGUCUGAGCAUGAACGCCCUUAGAAAGCACGUGCGUGCUCGUCACGGAGACGAUGACGAAGAGAACGACGACGACUAGUGAACCCAGUGGUGAAACAUUCGUCGGCCCAACCUCGGCCAUAUGCGCAAUGGCCAACCACGGAUUGCUUGGGCCAGCCUCGGUAGACUAGGUAGGGCCGUGCUUGGGGAUGGACAUCGGCCGACUUUAGGUUGCCACUGUAGGGCCGACCACUUAUGUCGACUUAAUCCGUAACAUUGGCCAUGCAAUCUUUUUGGUUGAUUGAACGUAGGGCAUACUACUGGUAAUGCCUGAGAUUGCCCAUGAUAGUUUUUCGGUUGGCUCUACAUAAGUCACUCACUAUUGCCAACAUGGCCAGUUUAAUGCCUCACAUGACCCAUGGUAAUGUUCUGGUUGGCUCUACAUAGGCCAAUCACUGUUGCCAGCCUGUCCGAUGUAAUGCCUCGCAUGGCCCAUGGUAAUGUAUUGGUUGGCUCUACAUUGGUCAACCGCUGCUACCAACCUACUUAAUUGCUCUACUCUACUUGCUUAGUCAAAUAAAACACCGUACAUCACAUGAAACUCAAAUUUAUUUCAAAAUAUCACAAAGUGGUUCUGAUGACUCGAAUUAUGAGAUCGUUGAUACUAUAUGUACAUAUGCUGUUGCUUUGUGUGCACAAUAAAACAAAAAAAGUUCGAAUGCUUAGUAAAAUAGAGACAACGGCACGGCCACAUUGGCCGCCAUCACGUUUCGCUACAAAAACAUUACUCUGUGUCGUCCGACACGGCCUGCUGCAGCCCUUAUCUAGGACAUCUUGGCGCCUCUCAUAGCGUCUGCCCUCCCGGUCAGUGGCACCAAUCAGCCAACGCUUGAUAAUGACACUUGUUUUCAAACACACACCAUCGUGGUUUGCCCUUGCACAACCUGCAACAAGUUAAAGAAGCAUAUAAGGGUACUGCAGCAGCGCUCUCUCAAAUGAAGCCAUUUUAGUGCAAAAUAAGCAGUUAUUCAGAUCUAUGAUGUAGCUAUACUACAAUAUAUACCUGCCCACAACAGAAGCAGGGUGAAAAGAUGGCACACACAUAAACAUAACAAAUAAGAGCACAAAAUGCUGCUGCAAGAAGGUGGCAUGAUUUGGCCAGUUUAUAGUAAAACACAAGGCUUCGAGUUGUCAGU